AUGCAAGCAACGAGCAGCAGUUUGAAUACGUUGUGGCACCAUCUCGAAGACUCCAAAUUGCGCAAAACGCAGCAAACCUUUGGACUGAAUCUGAGAUGUUCGCUCCAUGUAUUUUGCUUUGUUCUGGUGCUUUUUUUAAAAGCACAAAGACUUUCUCCAACCAGAAGACCGGAAAAACCCAAGCUUCUUUUUCCACUUCAGCCAACUUCCUGCAAUCACCAGCAGGCUGCGAUCGAGUGUUUGGGUGUGGACACAGCUGGGUUCGAGACCCUGCUGACCGUGAUUUUCUUCGCGAUCGGCUUCUUGAUGCUGCAAGCAACUCAACCUCGUGCUUCGCCAAAGGAGGGCAAUGGGGAAAAAUACCGGCACUGGAGCGCUGGUGCCAAACCGACGGUCAGUGCAGGCACCUCAAGUCAUUUGUCAGCUAUGAACUUCAGGUGGUCCCAAAGCGCACCCAAGAGACCGAUCGAAUGGGACUUUGUCCCGAUGUGCGGUUAA